AUGGCUUCUCACACGAAGAAAGACGAUUUCUGCCUUGAAUGCCACUGGGAGGCGUUCCACCUGGAUGGAAAGGAGGCAGAAGAUGUCUCGGAGGCACAGCCAGUCCAAUGGAAUUGCUCCGACCAGGUACAUCACACCCCGGUGCCGCCAUGCAAUGGGGAUGACGACUGCAAUGUCGAGGAGGACUGUUGUGAUGUCGACGACUGUUCCAUCACCUGCCCCUCUGUCUGCGACGGCUUCAUUGAAUGUGGUGAUGCUGCAGUGUGCUCGGUGUCGCAUUGCGACGAAGAUCAUUGCGAGAACACCGACCCGGUCUGCUUUGAUGAACACUGCUUCGGUACGGGCACCAACAUUGAUGGCGAACACAGUUUGGAAUCACUAUUAGGGUUGGGAACUCCUCUCAAUCUCGACACAACUGACCUACUAUCCCCGACUUCCAUGCCACAAUCGCAGGUAGAGCAGCCCAAGACCAUGGCACAGCCUACGGGCAUGGUACCCUCUGCACCGAGUGAUGCAUUCUUCAACCCUUAUGCACCUGCGUCUCACUGUCAUUCCCACAGUCAUCAGCAUUUUCACUGCCAUGAUAUAUCCAAGGAUGCUCACCAUGCAGCAAAUCCGUGGUUACCUCUGCAGAAUGCAGUCAACCCGGCGGAUGUGUUCCACAUGAUGUGCCCUGACCUGUCUGCGUGCCAUCAAUUUCACGUCCACGAAGUGCAGAAUUGCCCUGAGCAGGACAAACCUGCCGAUGAUGCGGCCUCGAACUCGUUUACCUGCUUCCACAUCCCUCAUCAUCCUCACCACCACCAUCCUCCGAACGAAGUGAAGAGCCCAGCUCCGGCGCAAAAGCCAACCAAUAAUUGGAAGCCAUGCCGCACGCAUGUUCAUCGGUGUCGCACGCACGGACACCAUGUACAUUCCUAUUCACCUUACUCGCGCCACUCACGGUCCAGUGUGAGUUCCCAGUUGAGCCCGGGAGAGACGCCGCCCCCGCUGGAAGGGGGUACCUCAUCCGUCUUGACCAGUCCAGAAUACACUCCCGAUACUGAAAUAUACAUCUGUCGGUGGACCUCGAAAGCCGACGGGACCAGACUUCCCUGCGGCGCCACCUUUGCCGAUGCAUGCGGUCUGCAGGAACAUCUGGUGUCGUGCCACAUGGCGACCGUAGAUGGCGCCAAGGGCACGGGAUAUUACUGCUGCUGGGAGGGGUGUCACCGGCCGGAUGAGCCGUUCUCGCAAAAGUCGAAGCUGCAGGGGCAUUUCCUGACUCAUAGUAAUUAUAAAAACUUCAAAUGCUCUGUCUGUGGAAAGAUGUUUGCGCGACAGGCAACAUUGGAGCGGCACGAGCGGAGCCACCGAGGCGAGAAGCCGUACAAGUGUACCGAAUGUGGAAAGUCGUUUACCGACAGCAGCGAGCUGAAAACGCAUUCGCGGACGCACACGGGCGAGAAGCCGUUCAAAUGCACGUACCCGGGGUGUAACUUUCAGACUGGUGAUUCGUCCAAUAUGUCCAGCCACCGAUUGACACACGGCGAGCGUCGACACAAAUGCCACCAUGCCGGAUGCACUAAGAGCUUCACGCGACACGACCAACUCAAACGACACUUAAGAACCACACACAAAGAAGACAUCUCGCUGGGUACUCCGAUGCCGGAUGACUUCGGACUUGCCUUCGCCGAAGUGGCGUGA